UUAGCUUGGCCUUUCUAAUGGUUAUACCAGUGAUGACCACAGCUGCUAAUCUGACUGACCCCUGCAACAACUACACUGUGCUGAGUGACUCAUGGAGAUCCGUCAAUAAUACAAAUAACACCAACGUGUGUGACUGGUAUAUCUCCUGGAGCGGCUGGUAUCGGCUCUUCAUUAACGGUCUGAAUGCUCAUAUCCCAGACACAUGUGUUGCAGUGUCUAGAUGUGGAACUUCUUUUCCACUUUGGAUUCAUGGUGGACACCCAACAGUACGGGAUGGAGUCGUCACUCGAGAUGUCUGCGCUAACGCUUACGGUUACUGCUGCUUUUUCCCCUCUUAUCCUAUUCGAGUCAAAGCCUGUCCAGGAAAUUAUUAUGUCUAUGAGCUGCUUAAACCAACUGUCUGUAACUCAGCCUACUGUGCAGAUGUUGGCAGUGUUAUCAUCAGCUCUACAGCCGCCACACCACUGAUCAUCACACCUGAUCCCUGUUACAACUACACUGUGCUGGACGAUCCAUGGAGAGCCGACAGCAGUCAGCCAUUAAAAUCAGUCUACAUCUGUGACCAGUCAGUCUCCUGGAGCGGCUGGUAUCGGCUCAUCAUUAAUGGCCUGAGCGCUCAGAUCCCAGACACAUGUGUUGAGAUGUAUAGUUGUGGGACUCAUGUUCCACUGUGGAUUCGUGGUGGACACCCAACAGUAGAGGAUGGAGUCGUCACUCGAGAUGUCUGCGGUCACUGGUAUAAUUACUGCUGCCAUUUUGGCUCUUUUCCAAUUCGAGUCAAAGCCUGUCCAGGAAAUUAUUAUGUCUAUGAGCUGCUUAGUCCAACUACAUGUUUUUUGGCCUACUGUGCAGUGUAUGUUUUUUCUCUCGUCUGGACAGAAAGCAGCUCAUCUUGGGUCUUGAUCACAGCAGGAAUUACUGGAGCUGUUUUUGUGAUGUUUGUAAUUCUGAUGGUUUUCAUGUUGAUCAGAAGGAAGCGAGUGACUCCAUCAGAAGAGCAAAACCCCAAAGGAUCACAACCACAGCACAGUGUAACAACACAGGUGGAGUCUCCUGAAGACCCCUACAUGACCAUUGACCCCAAGUCCACAUGCUCUGAAUACAAUACACUGGAUAUUAUGAAGAGAUCCUGUGAAAACACGAAGAGCUCUGAAGGACAAGACCCAGAUUAUUAUAGCAUUGUCAACUGAAUGUUAAACUUCAUCCAUUUGAUUUGAGAAUCAAUUUGUUGUUCAUUGAAAACAACUUCAGAGAUUUAAAUAAAGGACAAGAGGAUUUGCAUUUCCAGCAUUGCACAUAACCAGCAACCGCCUGCUUGUGAAAGACUCCAGCAUUGCUUAACACGCGUCUAGUAAAUGAAUACAAAAAUGAGCUGCGGAAAUUACUCAACCACAAGAUGCUGUGUCUUCUGUUGGCAUUUUUAAUACUUUAAGGUCAGUUUUGUUUUUAAAAAUCUUAAAAUCUGUAGAGGAAAAAAAAAAACACUUAAAACUUAAACUUGUUUGAAACA